CGUGUACAAAAAAAAACAUAUGGUUAUACACAACACACAUUUAUUGUGAACAGCUGUAGGUUAGCUACAUUUAUUAGACAUUUAAAUAUAUAUAUAUAAAUAGAUAAACAGAAAAAAUAUAUAAUUAUUAGUUAAAAAAUAUAAAAUAAUAUAUUUAAAAAUGUUGGAUUUAUUUACAAUAUUUAGUAAGGGUGGAAUUGUUCUUUGGUGCUUCCAAAGUACAUCACAAAUAUUUACUCCAACUGUUAAUGCACUUAUAAGAAGUGUCAUAUUGCAGGAACGUACUGGAGUUAAUUCGUACGAACAUGAAUCUCUACGUUUGCAAUAUAAAUUGGAUAAUGAAUUUGAAUUGAUAUUUGUUGUUGCGUAUCAAAAAAUAUUGCAAUUAUCUUAUGUUGAUAAAUUUUUAAACGAUAUCCACUUAGAAUUUCGUGAUAAGUUUAAAAAUCAAUUGAAUAACUCUGAUUGGUUUUAUAAUUAUAAAUUCAUUGAUGAUUUUAAAUAUAUAUUAACAAACGCGGAGCAAUGGGGUAAACAACAAGCUAAAUUACCUAAGCAAAUGCGUACUUUCGAUGAAAGUUUUAAAUCGAAAAAAACUGUAGCUAGUAUGAUUGAAAGAAAAGAUGAUAAAGAUAAUAAUAAGAAACAACAGCAAGGAAAGAAGAAAAAACCUAAUGCAGGAAGUGAUGAAGUUCCAGCUAAAAUUCAAGAAAUUUUAAAAGAAAAUAAUGAUGUCAAUUCAAAUGUAAAUAAUGAAGAAGAUAUGGGAGAUGAUCCAUUGGCUAUAAAUCGUAUAAAGUUGGCGCAAAGAUUCAACAGUCAAAAGAAAAAACCGGAGAAACAAAAAAGCCCGAAAGAAGAGAAAGCAGGAAAGAAACCACGUGUAUGGGAUCUUGGUGGUACCAAUAAAGAUUUACCAAAUCUUGAACGCACUAGAGAUAAAAUAUCCGACACGCCAGUUUCUGUCCAAGCUAAUACUGCUCUUGUUGGUCAGAUGAAAGGUGCGAUUCGUGAUUUAGAAGUCGAAAGCGAUUCUGAAGAUGAAAUAAACAAUAAAACUGCAGCAAUGAGCAACAACAAUAAAUCACAAGCAAAUAAAUCAUCUGGAGGAAUGUUUUCAAUGUUUAAAGGUCUUGUUGGUAAUAAAUCAUUGACCCAAGAAAAUUUAGAUCCGGUUUUAGAGAAAAUGAAGGAUCAUUUGAUUAUGAAAAAUGUUGCUGCUGAUAUUUCAAUGAGUCUUUGUAAUUCUGUACGCGCUAAGCUCGAAGGGAAAGUAUUGGGAACAUUUGAAAGUGUUGCAAGUACUGUUAAAAAUACAUUGACUGAUUCACUUGUACAAAUAUUAUCACCUAAACGUAGAGUUGAUAUACUCCGUGAUGCUUAUGAAGCAAAAAAGAAUGGACGGCCAUAUGUUAUGUCUUUUUGUGGAGUUAAUGGUGUUGGGAAAUCAACAAAUUUAGCUAAAAUAUGUUUUUGGUUGAUUGAAAAUAACUUCCGUGUAUUAAUUGCUGCAUGUGAUACAUUCCGAGCUGGAGCUGUUGAGCAAUUACGUACGCACAUGCGUCACUUGAAUGCUUUACAUCCACCAGAGAAACACGGCAACGUUACAAUGGUUGAAUUGUACGAAAAAGGAUAUGGUAAAGAUGCUGCUGGAAUAGCUGCUGAGGCUAUUCGUCAUGCUAGAGAUACAAGAAUUGACAUCGUGCUGAUUGACACUGCCGGAAGAAUGCAAGACAACGAACCGCUGAUGCGUGCACUUGCUAAAUUAAUUAAGGUCAAUCAGCCGGAUCUUGUAUUAUUUGUUGGUGAAGCACUUGUUGGUAAUGAAGCUGUUGAUCAAUUAGUUAAAUUUAAUCGUGCACUCGAAGAUUACAGUAAUUCGGAAAAUCCACGUACUAUUGAUGGAAUUGUUCUCACCAAAUUUGAUACUAUUGAUGAUAAAGUUGGUGCAGCUAUUUCCAUGACUUACAUUACUGGUCAACCAAUUGUUUUUGUUGGCACAGGUCAAACUUAUACAGAUCUAAAGACAUUGAAUGCCAAGGCUGUGGUUCAUGCUCUCAUGAAAUAAAUUUUUUUUU